CUUUGACAACCAAUGUCAAAAUUGUCCAAAGGACUAAUACGCAGUCUUGUUUGUACUUUCUUUCAUAUUUGAUUUUUAUUCAAGUAAAACUAAAUUAACUUUUCUUAAUAAAAAAGGAUUUAAUAAUCCUGAUAUUACUAUCUAAUCCAUUUGGAUUAUGGCACGGGAUAGAAGUCCCGAUCGACGGCGAUCGCGUUCCAGAGAAAGACGUGACCGGGAUCGAUACGAUGAUCGUGAAUCUCAUCGUGAUAAAGCCAAACGAAGAGACAGGUCUAGGAGCCCUAGAAAAGAUAGAGACAGAUCCAGGAGUCCGACAAGAAAAGAAAGGGAACGGUCUCGUAGCCCAACAAGGAAAGAUCGCGCGCGCUCUCGAAGUCCGAAAAAGCGUGAAGGUAAGGAUAGACGAACUGACGAGAAAGACAAGAGCAAGAGUAAAAGAGAUGAGGAAAACAAACAGGCGGAAGAGGAAAUACAAGAGUCGAAAAAGGAGGAACCUAAACCUGUGAAACGAGAACCACUCUCUUUGGAAGAGUUGCUUGCUAAGAAAAAAGCUGAAGAAGAGGCUAGGAGCAAACCUGUAUUUUUGACUAAAGAACAAAGAGCUGCUUUAGCACUUGAACGACGCCGGGAACAAGUGGCAGCUAUAAGAGCAAAUGUUGAUAAACCGUCUAUAACAACUAUAGAUUUAACAGGUCCUACAAAAAAAGAAGAAGAUAAGAAAUACAAAGAAGACAGAGAUAGAGAAAAGGAACGAGAAAGGAGAGAAGACAGAGAGAGGGAAAGAAAAUAUGAUGACAGAAAGUCCACUGGUGACCGGCGUGAUGAUAAAAAAGAGAAGAACGAAGAGUUUUCCAAAACGAAAGACAAAGAAAGAGAAGAAGAAGCCAUAAAAGCUCGUUACUUAGGAAUUGUAAAAAAGAAACGGAGAGUGAGGAGGUUAAAUGAUAGGAAAUUUGUUUUUGAUUGGGAUGCUUCAGAGGACACAUCAAAUGAUUACAAUGCAUUGUAUAAAGAGAGACACCAAGUGCAGUUUUUUGGUCGAGGACAUAUUGCUGGUAUUGAUAUCAAAGCCCAAAAGAAAGACCAUAGUAAAUUUUAUGGAAAUCUAUUGGAAAAACGCAGAACAGAACUGGAAAAGGAACAAGAAAAGUUGCGUUUGAGAAAAGUAAAGAAAAAGGAAGACAAACAGAAGUGGGAUGACAGACAUUGGUCCGAGAAAGAUCAAGAUGAAAUGACAGAGAGAGAUUGGCGUAUUUUCAGAGAAGACUACAAUAUUACAAUCAAGGGUGGCAAAAUUCCCAACCCCAUUAGGUCAUGGAAAGAAGCUGGCUUCCAUAGUGAUAUUAUGGAUAUAAUUACUAAAGUAGGCUACAAGAGUCCCACUCCCAUCCAACGGCAAGCCAUUCCUAUAGGACUACAGAAUAGAGACAUUAUUGGUGUAGCAGAAACUGGUUCUGGUAAAACUUUGGCUUUCCUCAUACCUUUGCUGACAUGGAUACAAUCUCUUCCAAAGAAUGAGCGUUUGGAAGAUGCUGAUCAAGGCCCAUAUGCUAUUAUACUGGCUCCAACACGUGAAUUAGCACAACAAAUUGAAGAAGAGACUAAUAAAUUUGGAGUUCCAUUAGGUAUUACGUCAGUUGUUGUUGUUGGUGGCCUUUCAAGAGAAGAGCAAGGUUUUAAAUUAAGAAUGGGUUGUGAAAUCGUCAUUGCUACACCAGGACGUCUAAUAGACGUAUUGGAAAACAGGUAUUUAGUACUGAAUAGAUGUACAUAUGUAGUCUUAGACGAAGCAGAUCGUAUGAUUGACAUGGGUUUCGAGCCCGAUGUGCAAAAGAUCUUAGAAUACAUGCCAGUAUCAAAUAUAAAACCAGACACAGAUGCCGCAGAGGAUGCUUCAGUUCUAUUAGCCAAUUACAAUACAAAGAAGAAGUACAGACAAACUGUGAUGUUUACAGCUACCAUGCCACCGGCAGUAGAACGUCUAGCAAGAAGCUACCUUAGGAGACCAGCUAUUGUAUACAUAGGCUCUGUUGGAAAACCAGUAGACAGAACUGAACAAGUUGUUUACAUGAUUGGUGAGAAUGAGAAACGUAGGAAAUUGACCGAAAUUCUACAACGUGGUGUCGAACCCCCUAUUAUCAUUUUCGUCAAUCAGAAAAAAGGUGCAGAUGUUCUUGCAAAGGGAUUGGAGAAGCUUGGGUUCAACGCCUGCACUUUGCAUGGUGGCAAAGGGCAGGAGCAGCGUGACUUUGCGUUGGCCAGUCUUAAGAAUGGUUCUAAAGAUAUACUCGUUGCUACAGAUGUCGCUGGUCGUGGUAUAGAUAUCAAAGAUGUGAGUAUGGUAAUAAAUUACGACAUGGCAAAGACUAUAGAAGACUACACUCAUCGUAUUGGUCGUACAGGCCGUGCUGGCAAAACUGGUAAAGCAGUCUCAUUUGUUACCAAAGAAGAUUCUGCAUUGUUUUAUGACCUUAAGCAGGUUCUACUUAGUAGUUCUGUAUCAACGUGCCCACCUGAACUAAUGAAUCAUCCAGAAGCACAGCAUAAACCUGGUACAGUGGUUACUAAAAAGAGGAGGGAAGAAAUGAUAUUUGCUUAAAAUGUCUAUAAACAUCAUCUAACAAUCAAGUUUUGUAGAUACCUACUUUUUACUUGCAAUAAGCAAACUGUUGUAAAUGGUAUAAUAACAAUUGUAAUAUUUUUGUUUUCAGGACUUUUAUUAUUAUGAUAAAAUUUGCAUAAUAUUGUGUACUGUUUAAAAAAAUACCUGAGAGGUGUUUUCAGUCAGGUGUUCAGGUGGUCAGGUGUUCUCAUUCGUCAACUACUUUCAUAAGUCAAGUGUGCUCUCUUCUUCACACUUCACAAACCAAUCGUAUAAAAUUCUCUAAGACUUUUUACGCUAGCAGGAUAAUUCCACAAAAAUGCAUGACUGAAAACAUCUCAAAUGAAAUAUUAUUUUUAUAGAUGCAGCAUAUAAUUAUACCUCAAUAAAAUAAACUGAAGAUGA